GUCAAUGAGUGAGAUGGCUAAAGCCGGUCCCCCUUCUCUCAUUCGCACUGACGCAUGUAGAGAGGAGGUGCUUGGAGAUUCCUCUUUCCCUUGAAGAUUCACCUCUCUCACUCUGAAGGAAGAGGACGUCAUCGCGAUAGAACUUGCGAAUAGAAGGAAGACAUGUGGACGAUUCUGUUGCGCCUGUUGUACUCAGUUCUGUACACCUUUUCUUUGGGGGUUCAGUGAGGUAUGCUCCGCAGUAUCGUGCCGUCCGGCGUGUGAGAACGACCUCAUUAACGAUUAUAUUCUCUUCCAAUAUGAGAAUAGAAUUCGAGGUGUUAUUACUUUAAAGAGAAGCAUGUGAUUAGGUGAAACUGGUCAUUUUAGUUCCAGGAGGGAGCAAUCAGGUAACCCGAGGCGUCUCAAAGAUAACUGCGUAAGCAAAGAAGGUAUUGGUCAUCGUUUCAUCAUGACUUCUAGGCGGAUUAUUGUAGCUUUGAUACUGUUGAUAUUGGAACUGGAAAUCGAUGGGUUUCGAUAUUUUCCAGUAAAUGGUGCAGCACUGGGUGAUAAAAAAGACUCAAUUCCAGAGGGCUCAAGCAUAUUUCUUGAAUCUAUAACAAAUGGAGAUGAGAGAGAUGUGCAUAGUAGGCCGAGGAGAGUGGGUAUUGAGCCACCUGAGAACCCAGUCAUAGUCAAGGUCACUGGAAAUAUAACUGAGGGUGUAGUAAUGAAUGGGUCGACGACCACUGAAGCAACAGCCUCUGAAGCCAAAGACAUGGAGGAAACAUCUGUUAAACCGAAGGAUGAUGAUGAUGAUGCUGGUACUGCUGUGAAAUCCGUCGAUAAUUCGACAGUUACCAUUUCUGGGAACAGCACUAAAGUACCUGAUGCAAAAGUAAACCAGACAAAGGUCCAAGACGUGACGAAUAAAACUGAAGAGACAACGAAUGAAACUAUGACAGUAACGAAUAAAGUCGUAAAGGUGACGAAUAAAACCGUGGAGGUGAUGACUAAAACUGAGGAGAUGAAGAAUGAAACAGUCGAGGUGAUUACAAUGACCACAACAGGAUCACCUGUGACAAAAGUAGCAUCUGCGAGUUCAACAACAAGACCUGAGACGAACGUAACAGCAAAUUGUCCGGGAGUGAAUGCCACUUGGGGUAUCACUGAAACUGACGAGAGGUGUGCACCUUUGACAUUCCCCGAUUCAUCAACAGUAAGCAUUGAUGAGACUUCCCCGGAGAUAAAAGAGCUGUUGCUCACUAAGUACAGCACUAAUGGCACCCAGAAUAAUGCAUCUGCAGUGCAAGUGGAAAUUCAAACUCUGCCUCCUUCCUGGUUUUCCACUACCCAGUCAUCUCACGAGGUGAUGGAAAGUCGAGAGGAAUUAGUGGAGAAAAGCCAACAAAUAAAAUCAGAGCUUAAAACCGAAAAAGCCGGACUGCCAGGUGGAGUGGUGGCACUGCUAAUAGCCGUAGCGUUUGCUGUCAUGGCUGUCAUUGCAUACGUUGGAUUGACCCUCAGAAAGCGAUAUUUAGAGUACCGAUACGGAAAUCGAGAGCUGCUUGUCAACGAUUUUGAUACAAAUGACGUCAGUAAUUUCGAGUUGUAAAGAGUUCUCUCUAGACUAGUUACUCGCGACUGUGAAUAAAUGUCCUGAAGUUAAUCUGUGAUAAGAUGGACACAGGGUUUUGAUAUCAUAAUUUUUCCACUGAAAGAAGAAGAGAGACGUGAGGAAGAAAGUCAAACUUAGAAUUUAAAGUUUUUUAAAUUUCGUGCAGUAAUAAACCACUUUAUAAAUAUAGAAAGUGUAGAACAUAGAUCACGUCAUUCAAUUAAUGACAUCAUUCUCCAUUGAUAACAGAAUAACAUCUACAUUUAAUAAUUCUCUCCAUUAGUGAAAUUGUUUUUCAGUGAGUGAUUAGUGCCCUUGUAAAUACAAAAAUAAAGAAACCACCUUGUACAGGAUUUUAUAACGGUAA